AUGCGGUCUCUGCAGGUUUUCGCCCUGGCAGGCGUCCUUGGCGCGUCUGCCCUUGAUGCCGACUCUAUCCUGAGCAAAUACUUUGGCAACGAUGCUCCUUGGUAUAGCGAUCGCAUUCCCCUCUUCGAGACAGAUCUCUCCGACAUUCAAGAUGUCUACUAUUACCGCUGGAGCAUUUUCCGGGCUCACCAGCGUGACCUUGGCUCCUACGGCUAUAUCUCCACCGAGUUCCUCAACGACGUCAGCUGGCAGGAAGAACCUUAUGCCCUGCUGAUUGAUGCCUCCAACUUCCAUCUGCGCGAAGGCCGCUGGUGCCGCGACCGUCGCUUCACCAGCGACUACUCGUCUUUUCUCUUCGGCCCCCAUGGCGCCCCCUACCAAUUCUCCGAAUCCAUGGCCGACGGCGUCUGGCAGGCCUACCUGGUCAACGGCGUCGCUGACGAUGCCACUCCCCUGCUGUCCUCCAUGCAGACCGUCUACGCCGGCUGGAACUCCACCUCUCUCGGUGUCGGUGGCUACGACACCUCCAAGGGCCUCUACUGGAUCCAGCCUCUGACUGAUGCGACCGAAUACACCAUUGCCAGCAUCGACGCCUCCGGGGGGGAAGACGGCUUCACCGGCGGAUAUGCCUUCCGUCCCAGCAUCAACAGCUACCAAUAUGCUAAUGCCCUGGCUAUUGCCCACAUCGCCAACCUCACCGGCGACACUACCGUCCGCGAGCAAUACACCCAGCUCGCAAGCGCCCUCAAGACCCGUCUCCAGGACGACCUCUGGAACAGCACCUUCGAGCACUUCAUCGACCGGUACAAGGAAGACAACGACUACGUGACCUACUGGGACUUCAUCCGCGGCCGCGAACUUGUCGGCUACGUCCCUUGGACACAUGACCUCCCGGACGACAACACCACCUACGCCAACGCAUGGACUCACAUCCUCAACUCCUCACAGCUAGCAGGCGAGCACGGCCUUCGCACCAACGAACCCAGCUACCAAUACUACAUGGUCCAGUACCGCUAUGACGGCUCCAACCCGGAGUGCCAGUGGAACGGCCCCGCCUGGCCCUAUCAAACCACGCAAGUCCUCACCGGCCUCGCCAACCUCCUAGACCACUACCCCAAAACCGCCGCAACAGGCGUCAUCACCACCACAGACUACACCAACAUCCUCCUCCAGUACGCCAAGCUACACUACAACCCCGCCCGCGGCGGUGUCCUUGACAUCGAAGAGGACUACUACUCUGACACGGGCAGCCCUAUCGUCGGCCUGCCCCGCUCCCCGCACUACUUCCACUCGGGCUUCGUCGACCUCAUUCUCUCGGGCUACGUGGGCAUCCGACCUCGCGCGGACAAUGUCCUGGAAGUUAACCCCCAAGCGGACGCUUCGGCAGUGAGCUACUUCCGCUCCGAGCGCAUCAUCUACCACGGCCACGAGGUCGCCGUGCAAUGGGACGCCACAGGCAGUCGAUACGGCACCGUGGGCCUUCUCGUCGAAGUCGACGGCGAAACCGUGGCCACCAGCAAGACCCUCACCCGUCUCACGGUUGAGUUAAGCUCCGCUUCCGCCCCGGCAGUCUCCCGUCCCAUCGCCGUCUCGGUGCAACUCGCCGCUGAUAGCGAGUAUCCGCGGGGUAGUGUAUCUGUGGCAGACGCCGACACGGACGCCGUGCACUCAGCCAUCGACGGCCGGGUCUGGUUCUAUUGGAUCGAGGACGUAGCCAAUGGGUGGGAUAGUCCCGUUGGGAAUGGGACGGAGGUGUGGUACCAGGUGGAAUUUGAGAAUGCGACCAGCACAGCAAGUGCGGAGAUUGCGUUCUUUGCGAAUAGUACGCAGGGGUAUGAUGUGCCGGGGAGCUAUCGGGUGGAAACGAGCGAUUCGACGACCGGGGAGUGGAAGGAGGUGAGCAAUGGGAAUUAUAGCUCGGCGGUGGCGAAUGGAAUAACGACGGUGAGCUGGGAUGAGGUGACGACGGAGGCGUUGAGUUAUAUUGAAUAUUAUUAUUAUCCCGACUGGAAUGGGGCAGGGGCUAGAUUAUCUACUGGUAGAUAUGCUGCCACUUGGCUGCAUUGUGAUUCUGGUUCAGGAGGGAGAGGUGGUAAUAGUAUCCACCGUCGAUUAAUCUAUAUCCGAACUUCAACCACGGAUCAGAUAUUCCUGUCAGCCAACAGUUGCCAUGAAGUGCUGCGCAAGCAUUUUUACCAAGAGGGAUAA